AUGCAGCCAAAGAGUGGCCGGCGCGGCGGCAGCAGCAUGCUGCUGCUUGUACUGCUGGCGACCAGCUGCUUAUUAGGCUCUGCGAAGCCUUCGCGCGGACGGCCGCGGACGGUGCGUUCCGUGCUCUUGGCCUCGGACCUGGCGGGGAGGACUGAGCCGGAGGAGUGCAAGCUCAGUGGCCACAAGGAUCUCCAUUUGCUGUCUCCGGCCACCGCCUGUUGUUAUGGCAAGAUUGUGAAGAACACCUCCUGCUGUAUGGAUCAACAGAUUGCCCCUGGCGUCACGCGGAAGACUCUUCAGAGGAAGGGCAUGCACUGGAAUUGCACCGAGGAGAACUGCUGGGACACCGUGCAGGGCCCACGUGGCAGAGACAGCUUUUGGCUCCCCGAAGGCGCCACCUGUUCCACGCCCAGGACCUUGUACACCCACGGCGGCAGUUGGAUGUAUGGCUCUCCGGACACCGACUCCUAUGCCCAGCUGGGCUCGCGCCUGGCCAAGGUCACAGGCACGGUUGUGAUGCUCACGGAUUAUCCCUUGGUCCCCGCAGGCAACUAUAGCAGCAUUCUGCAAUGGGCCAUUGACGCGUUGCAAUGGCUCAGCUUGAACGGCCCCUUCGAGGGCUGUGACGAGGAGCACGGUGCCAAGCGCGUGCCACUCUUUGUGGGUGGUGACAGCUCGGGCGGUGGCACGACGAUGUCACUGGUGUUGACCUUGGCGAAGAGGCCUCAGUUGCUGGGCCAAAAGCUGGCUGGUGCCUUCUUCUUCAGUCCGUGGACCAACUUGAUGUGCAACACCCCGGAGUACUACUCGAAUGCUUUUUCAAAGAUCCAGGGCUCUGGGAAGUUCCAGGAUGAUUCCAAGCUGACAAUGUACACAGGGGACAUCCUUUUCCAGGAGGUGACGCCGGAAAACGCGGAUGCCUUCAAUGGCAACGCGGUGGACUACCUUGGGGGCGACUUUGAACUGCAGACCGACCCCAUCGCCUCGCCCUUCUUCGCCCAACCCGCCGACUUCGCAGGCUCCCUGCCGCCGCUGUACUUCGCCGUGGGCGCCAGCGAGUCGAUCCUGGGCGACUCGGUGCGCGUGGCGCAGCAUGCGGCGCAGGGCGGCUGCGACGUGAUCUUGGAGGUCUAUCAUGGGAUGUGGCACGUGUUUCCCAUGUACUCAGAAGGCUGUGGGCUGGGCGAGCCUUUAUGGGCAGGAGCGUAUGCCAUCAACCAGACAGGGCUCUUCGUGCGACACAUCCAUGAGCAAGGGCGCUUGCCUUACAAGCUCAAAGUUGAGGGGCCAAAUGGAGGGCCACCUGAGUCGAGCAUCUUAGCAAAGUUCUGGCAGCCGAGCGUCAGCAAAGUGCCCUUCUUUCGCUACUUGUAUGACCCGAACGUGAGGCAUUUCUCCAAGGUGGGCGAGCUACUGCCGAACCGAGAUGCCACCUACAGCUACAAGGACAUCAUGAAGGAUCUGGCGAAGCAGUCGCCUUGGAUUGUGCUACCCUCCCUCACAGGUGCUGCGGUGACGAUCUUCGUGAUGGGCUUCUGCCUCGGCGGCCUCACCGAGUUCGGCGGUGAGCGCACGGUGGCGGUUGGUGCACGGGUUUUGCAGGUGGGCGAGUUGGGUGGAAGUUCAGUGCCGCUGGCCAAUACAGUUUGCACUACAAAGGACUUAUUACAAUUUAUUAAAGCAAUUUACGUACUGUAUAUUCUACUAGCUAUAUAG